GGGUGACGUACGGUGUAGCGGCGCAGGAGGAAGGAUCUAAUAAGCGUUGGUUGGUUAAAAAAAAUAAAAAGUUUUCUCUCAGGUUAAAACAACGACCCAAGUAGUGUCCGUUAAAGCAGACUAGAUGGACCCAAACAAGCCGCCCAGCCCUUCUCCGAUGGCGUGGACCGAGGGGAAGCCCUAUGCGGGUCAGUAUCUUCCUCCUCCAUACAACGGCGCUGACAAUCCGGGACCUCCACCUCAGCCCGGCCCGGGGUACCCACCGCUGCCGCAGUAUGGAGCAGGAUACGGGCAGCCGCAGUACCCCAUGGGCGAGCCGUACUCAGGACAGCCAGGCAUCAUCACUGUCCAGCCCGUCAUAACUGUGACUCAGCCUCUGGCGAUCCCGGUCAACGACUACCUGGGCUUCUCCAUCUUCACCCUGCUGUGCUGCUGCCUGCCUCUUGGCAUCGCUGCCCUCAUCUACUCCAUCUCAGCGCGUGAAGCCAACAGCAGGGGCAACCGACCAGCUGCAGAGCGCUACAGCUCCACUGCCAAGACACUGAACCUUGUGGCCCUGAUUCUUGGGGUUUUAGCCAUAAUAUCAAGUGUGGUCAUCAUAGCUGUUUCUCUUGCUCUUUACUAAAUCAGUGUCUCUCUCAUAUUUCUGGUUCUCGUGCUCCUUUCUACAUCCAAUAACCAGGUGACAUUAGGAGCGCUUUAAGUCUAUUUUUGAAUCUCUUUUAAAGUUCUGUUUUAUUCAGCUGAAGCUAAAGGAACCUUUCACUGCUUGUCCUGCUGUAUUAAAUGCUCUGAAUAAGGGUGUAGUCUUUGUUUGCCAUUUAUAUCAGAAUCAAAUGUUUAUGUUUAAUAUUCCACAGAAUGAAUAAACAUAAACAUCAUGAACACACACACUCAUAAAAUCAGUAACCUGAUUAACCUCUCUGGUUAUUCUGGGUAUUUGUUGUAGACUCUGGAUUUUACUCCAUAUUUCUAUGUGUGCAGUCAAUUCAAAUAAAAUAUUUUAUUUUUA